GCCUCUUUCCACUUGCAUUUCCUUUCACCCUUUCUUCUAUUUCCUACAUGCAUUUUUAAGCCUUGUCCCGCUUUAAUCAUUGUUUUCUCACUUUUUCUGGGGUCUGGUUUUGAUUCUCUGGUCUUGCGGAGUUCAGUGAAGGCUCUCUCUACCUUCUGCAAGUAAAAACUUUUGCCUGUUCAUUUCAGGAAUCUGUGUUCACCUCUGUUUUUGUUUUAAGUUUUCAUGACAGGGAUGCAUUGUGCCUGCUAUUUUAUUCUAAAAAUUAGAUCUAAAGGGGAAAUAUUAAUUUCAGUUUCUCUCAAACUUUGUUUUCAUAGACUCAGCCACAAACUCGGUGGAUUGAGGUGGGGUGGGGAUGUGAAAGAAGUUAGCUGAUAGCAGAUGAUGAUGAUGAUGAUGACACCAAACUUGAACCUGGAACCUGAAGAAGAUUUCAAAAUCUGCAGCCAAGUUGGAUCGAAUGAACUGCUACAAGAAACAGCACAAGAUUUCAUGGACAACACCAGCUCCUCCUGUCUCACAAAGGCUGAUCCUGAUUCAGGUUCUCUGUCCCUUGACCUGACUCUCAAAUUUAAUCACAGUGAUGAAGAGUUCAAAGGUGCAAGUUACACAAACAGUGAAGUGGGAGCUGAAACUCAUCCCCCAGCUCUAGCAAUUCCCAGAGUUUUCUCCUGUAACUAUUGCCGGAGGAAAUUCUUCAGCUCUCAGGCAUUAGGUGGCCACCAGAAUGCUCACAAAAGGGAGAGGACAAUGGCAAAGCGUGCACUGAGAAUGGGGAUUCUCACUGAUAGGUACACAAGCUUAGCAUCUCUGCCUCUGCAUGGUACUUCUUUUCGCUCCCUUGGCCUUGAAGCUCAUGCUGCAAUGCACCAAGCACAAAUGCAGUCACUGAGGGUUCCUGAAAUACUACCUGCUCCAAAAUUCACUAAAGACUAUUUUCGGACACCGAUCUUCGUGGAUGAUGAUGAUGGUGGUGUGUUUUGGCCUGGCAGCUUCAGAAAGAGGGAAGGAAGGGGUGUUUUUGGUGUUAAUCUGAGCCCUGAUGCACAUGCUUUCAAUCCGAGUACUAGGUUUGUGGCAACUGCACCUCCACCACAGACACCUGCAACUCCUGAUCUCACUCUCAGGCUCUGAGAUUUCUCAUCCUCCAACAGACAUGUCUGUUGUACAAGCCUCCUCAUGAUGUUCUCACUGUAAAGCUUUUUAAGCUUUUUCAUGUUUAGUUCCAUUCUCUUCAGAGUUGAGAAUUUACGGUAAUUGUACUACUGUACAGUGAGACCUGCAUUUCCAAUGGCUUAUUUUAGUUUAUUUCAAUUUCCGUUAUCAAGCUUUUUCUUUGCACUGUUGUUUUCAUGUUUGUUGUAGCUACUGCACCAUGCUCCAUGGGUUGCAAUGUCAGUUUCUGCUUGUACUUCUGUUAAGAAUUUAGUAUUCAAAAAAACAUGUCUUUUAUUUAUUGCUUUUUCUUCAA